CUAGCAAUGCUAACUUAGCAAGUUAAAGUGCCCGCAUUUUGACAGCCCGUCCGAUGACAGACAGCGUGAAUGUCCCGUUUUGCCUUCGAUGUUUGUUCGCCUUAAACGUGCUGCGUAGCUUUUACUUUCGAUACGGCGAGCGUCAGCUUGGAGGAACGGCCGCAGUUACGCAGAGGACCACAAAGCAAACACGGCGUUAGUUCGGGCCUCUGGGUCGGCUAGCUGGGAAGUCAGCGUUGUUACAUUAGGUGCUGCGAUGCAAAGCUGGUAAAAAAAAAAAGUAGCCCGAUACUUCUACCUCAGGGCGACGCAGGACGGAAAGGAGAGAGAAUGGCCGAGGCUGACGGAAAGCCCGCUGCACUCAAUGGUGGAUCAGAAGAAAAGCAGCCAGGAGAAGAUCAACAGAAGGAGGAGGACGCCUCUGGAAGUAAAGACGGCCAGACACAGUCUUCCUCUGAAGAUGCUCCCAAAGAAACGGCGGAGGCGUCUGGAGACAAAGCCAUGCCAGAGGCAGAAGGAGAGACAGUUGGAGACAGAGAAGGCGAGGAGGAGGAAGACUCGGACAGCAUGGACGGCAGCGGACUGUUCUCUUUGACCGAGGACGGAGAGCGGGAGAGCGAGGGCGGGAGGCGGGAGAGGGUCAAAGAGAAAGUCAAAAGGGCGGCCAGGAAGAGAAUCCGACCCGGAGGUGGCACUAAUCACUCCUCCAGCUCGGACGAGGACGACGACGACGACGAGCAAAAGGAGGACGACGAUGACGACGAAGACGAUGAUGACGACGAGGCCAUGGAAUCCUGGCUGGGAGCAGAGCUCUACGACCUCCGCGGCCCCACGUGGCAGGCGGUGCCGUCUCUCCGCUCCAGAGAGAUCGGCAAGAACUCGCACCAGUUUGUCCGCCGCGUGUGUGGAGCCCGCGGCCUCGUCCAAAGGCUGGAGCUCCAGGGACGCUUGGAGCGGCACACCGGCUGCGUCAACACGUUGCACUUCAACCCCUCCGGCACGCGUCUGGCGUCGGGCAGCGACGACCUGCGGGUGGUGAUCUGGGACUGGGCCGUCCGCCGGGCCGAGCUGGAAUUCGACAGCGGCCAUAAGAGUAACGUCUUUCAGGCAAAGUUCCUGCCUCACAGCGGAGACUCCACCCUGGCCAUGUGCGCCCGUGACGGUCAGAUUCGAGUCGCCGAGCUGUCCGCCACGCAGCGCUGCAAGAACACAAAGCGGGUAGCACAGCAUAAAGGAGCCGCACACAAGCUGGCCCUAGAGCCAGACUCGCCCUGUUCCUUUCUGUCAGCCGGAGAGGACGCCGUGGUGUACGGCAUCGACCUGCGUCUAGAUCGUCCUGCCAAUAAACUGGUGGUUGUAAAGGAGGGCGAUAAAAAAGUUGGGCUGUAUACCAUCUUUGUCAACCCAGCAAAGACGCAGCAGUUCGCAGUCGGUGGGAGAGAUCAGUAUGUGAGAAUCUAUGACCAGAGGAAGAUUAAUGAAAAUGAAAACAACGGCGUACUGAAAAAGUUUUGUCCUUCACAUCUGGUGUCCAGCGAGUCUAAAACCAACAUCACCUGUCUGGUGUACAGUCACGACGGCACAGAACUCCUGGCAAGUUACAACGAUGAAGACAUCUACCUGUUUGACUCAAACCACAGCGACGGGGCGGACUAUCGCAGGAGAUAUAAGGGACAUCGCAAUAAUGCCACAGUGAAGGGCGUGAACUUCUACGGGCCCUGCAGCGAGUUUGUGGUCAGCGGCAGUGACUGCGGUCAUAUUUACCUGUGGGACAAAAAUUCUGCUCGUAUCGUCCAGUUCAUGGAGGGAGACCGAGGAGGCGUGGUAAAUUGUCUGGAGCCGCACCCCCACCUGCCAGGAAUGGCCACCAGCGGGUUGGACCAUGAUAUUAAGCUGUGGGCGCCCACAGCAGAAAACCCCACUGGACUCAAGGGCCUGAAAGAGGUGAUGAAGAAAAACAAGCGGGAGCGUGAUGAAGACAGCGUGCGUCAUGGCGACCAGUACGACACCCAGCUGCUGUGGUUCCUGAUGAGGCACAUGAGAAACAGACGACCUCAAAGGACUCGCCGUGAGGGAGCAGACACAGACACCGACGAGUCCUGGAGCUCUCCGGAUUCCUCGGACGAAGAUGACGGCGGUCCCGACCACGUCCAGUGCAUGUCGUCCUGAGCCACAGACAGAGACACACACACACACACACACACACACACACAUACAUAUACAGACAUUUACACAAUCUAUUGCCCUUGAGUUGAUGCACAUAGGCUAGCACUAUCCACACACCGGCACGAGCCACAGACGCAUUUACCUGAACAUACUAUACUGUUGAAGCAGGGCGGCGGAGGUGCUCGGCGCCCCGUUUUCCUGGCAGCGGCGACUCUCGACUGCGACACUUCCAGAAUUUUACUGCGGGAAUUUCGUGCACAGAGGUCUAGUGAGCGCCCGCGACCCUUUGAACCACUCGGCCGCGCCCCCGCUGGUCAGCGCGUCGUAGACUCAGAAAAGAUGCGUGGCAAGAGGCGCGACAAACCUGCUGCAUCCGACCUGUAGUGAGCUUUACAUCACCAGCAGACCCAUACCCUCAAUCCGGGUUCCACAACUCCUGCUCUCGAAGGAGGGUUCAGCAGAAAUGACCGCUGACGGCGCGUACCCCCCCCUAAACCUCCCCUAAAUGUGACUCCCUUUGAGAUUCAGUGUAUGGGGUAAGCUCUGCUUUACUCCAGACUCUCCCUAGUUGUGUUUUUCUUUUUACUCUGGAGCAGCUUGAGGUGGUAGUUUUCAUUUUUCACGUAAUUAUCUUCAUCUUCUCCUCCUCGUUCUCAUCACUGCUGGUUGCACUUUGAAUCAGGGACGAUUUGGUGUGCUUACAGACGAAAUGUGCGCUUGUGUGAUGAUGAUGAUGAUGACUAUGAUGGGGGAGCAGCUAUCGUCUUGUAUUUGUCAUAGGAAUCGCAGCAGCGGAGUUUAGCUCAUCUAAUUUCUUUUGUCCCCUUUGAGACGGGAUUAUUUUGCACUUGAGCGUUUGACCGUGGGGGGGGGGUUGGUUUCCUUCGCUUCCAGCGGCCUUCCCUCCGCUUCCUCCUCCCUCUCUCUCCAAACAGAAACACGUUUAGGACAGGAAGCCUUUAACUGUCCUCUCGGUGAACACGACAAACGGGAGGUAAACAGGUGAAUAGAAAAAAAGAUGGAUUUUUAGUUCUGUUGAGGGUUGUGUUUACCCCCUCCUCCUUUUUCUUUUUUUAAAGGGCCAGAAGUUAUUUGCGUGUUUUUUUUUUUUUUUCAACCUUCUCCUUUGACAUAAUUGUAAACAUGCAUCUUAUUUGAGCAUCAAGAGUGAAUCCAUCAAACAUUUUGCAGAACGUCUAAAAUUAAAGACGCUCUUCAGACAAACGCCUGAACCGGGUUUUCGGUUUUUCUUGCACUCGGAGUCGUGUCGGCGCCGUCUGAACGCUGGCCGAAAGACGAGGGACGGAGAGAGCGGCGGGGUCGGUCUGCUUGCCAGUCAGUUGCUGCGUGAAAGCGAUAAAGUUAAGCUUUUCUCAUUUUCUAUGAGAACUGUAGUUAAUUGAAUUCAUAUGUACAUAUAUAUAAAUAUAUAUUAGAACUGUAAAAAAAAAAAAAAAAAAAAAACUUAAGCAAAUGCUGUUUGACUUUAAAAAAAAAAAACGGAAAAAAUAGUCAAAACAUUUGAUUGGUAUUGAUGCAGAGAUUUAUAUUCUAUACUGUACCGAGGACAAAAUACUUUUAAAAUCCACAAAAGAAAAAGUUGACGUGUUUUUUUUUUUUUUUUUUGGUUUGUUUUUUCCUUUUCUUGACAUGAACAGCUGUCAUUUAAGUAUUCAAAAGUGUAUUCCUCCUGUUCAGGAUUGUUCACAUAAUUAUUCCAUGUUUUCAAACAGUUCUAUCCAGAUUGUCCCACGUGCUAUUUUUUUUGGCAUCUCGCAUACAUAGCAAAAGAAAAGGCUUUGAUUAAACUAUUUUCCCCACGUCUGCCUAAUAUUGCAUUCUACUGGUUGAUUUGGAAAUAUGUACAAUUUGUGCAAUAAACGAAAAGAUGAUGCGCUUGA